AUGUGUGCGGGGGUGGCACCAACGAUGCUUGUGGCAGGACAACAAAACAACAACAGUCCGACAUCCAUUCAACUGGAUCCACCCGCCGCGUCGUGCGCCAACCUCACAAUGUUCACAAUCUCAACAUCAAUCCCAGCGCCAAGCCCACUCCUCUCACUCCCACCAGAACUCCGCAAUCGCAUCUUCGCCUACGCCCUCACAUCCUCCACCUCCACCCUCCAAUACAGCCUCGCCUCCACCCCCAACCACCCCGUUUUCAGCGACACCGCCAACGCCAAUCACAACCAGGAAUUCAACCAGCUCAAGUACGCCUGCCGCCAACUCUACGCCGAAACUGCCGGCCUAGAAGUAAAGCACAACGCACUGCGCUUCGACCUCCCCGAAGACGACGCCUACACGCUGGCCCGCGUGCAAAACAGCGUAGAUAGCGGCUUCUCGACGCCAAACUCCGAGGCCCCCAGUACCACGUUUCCGCCCUUCCUGUACUCCUGCGCCCCAGACAAACGCAAGUGGCUCUCCCGCAUCAUCAUCACCAUCCGCAAGCCCGCGAGCUACAGCCUCAGCCAGCCGACUGUCGACCGCCUCUUAUCCCUAGCCAAGUUCAAGAGGGAAAAUGCGCACGUCGAGAUCACGUACGAGUAUGUGGACGAGGUGUACGAGUACUCCGCACCGAAGUGGCAGGUCAGCGUGCCGUGGCUGAGUGUGGCCGUGUGUCUGGGGGUGGCGCUGCCGGUGGAGGGGGCGUUACGGCCGGUCGUGGAUGCGGUGUCGGGGUUGUGUGGGAAGGGGAGUUUGGUGUUUUGGGGGGCCGCGUUUGGGGUGUGGGAUUUGGUUGGGCUGAAGUAGAUGGAAAGAAAACCGAGAGGCAGAGAGCAGGACUUUAAUUGUAUACCAAGAUACUUUGCAGCCAUCAUUCAGGCCGCGAAACUGCAUGUUGGCGCAUGUCUUGCUCAAAUUUGCACAUGCAGG